AUGGUAAAGAACUGGGAACUAGCAUCAAAACGAAAGACCGAUCAACAUGUAAAAAUCGAGAGCCUUCAAAGCAUAAUCCAAUCCACUCCAUUGCGAUUGUGCCACAGUUUUUAUCGCCAAGUCAUCCCGACCCAUCUCAUCACUCUUAUCAUCAUCGUCGUCGGUACCAGUGUGGCAACCAUCGUCGCCACCACUAUCAUUGUGGUCGUCAUUUCCAACUGGUCAGUGUCAAUCGCCAGUGGAAUUCGCAGGGCAGCAUCUGGCAUCAUUCAACAGAGACCUUUUCUACAAACACUGCAACAACAACAAUUUAAUUCCAUAAAUCCAGCGCAAUCAAAAUUCAACAACAAAAACAAUGUAUCAGUUUUUUAUGAUCAGCUCAACAACAUCAACAACAAUAACAUCAACAACAAUAACAUCAACAACAAUAGCAUGAACAACAAUAACAAUAACAUAGACUACAUUGAUAAACACCUAGCGGACCAACAACAACAACAUCAAACAUCUCAUAAACAACAAAACCAAACGUUCUCUUUAUCGCAGAAACUUCAGCCAUCAAGCGAUACAACUUCAAAAGCAAUCAUAAACCACUUGAACAGCAACGAUAAUAACAAAGUCAACACUGACGACAACAGUAUCAAAGACAUCAUCAACAACAACAUCAUCAACAACAACAUCAACAAAAACAACAUCAACAACAUCAACAACAACAACAACAUCAACAAUAACAACAUCAACAACAACAACAUCAACAAAAACAACAUCAACAACAACACUGACAACCGUUUGACAGGUAACGAAAUUAGCAGCAACAACCCAAAAACUUACAGCAGCAGAAUCAUCAACAGCAAUACGCACCUUCAAAGCAACUCCAACCACAACAACAGUAGCCACAACAACAACAGCAGCAACAUUUUCAGCAACGUCAGCGACUACUACAACAACGAAAUAACGAACGCGUGCGUCGUAACUACAAAAUGUUCCUACCCGAGGAAAAAGAUGAAAAAUGAGGCGAGCAGUUUGAUGAUGACGAAGACGACGACGAUGAUUAAGUUGGUGUCAGGGUUAACUACAAUGAUAACUUUUUUAAUGUGGUGA